AAGGGCAAAAAGUCCACUCCACCACCCUCCUCCCCCCACCCAUUUUAAUUCUCAAUUCCCUACACACACACACACAUAUAUAUACAUAAGUUACUAUGUAUAUAUUUUGAUCAAGAAACAGAGAAUUAACAUAAGAGAGAGAGAGAGAGAGAGAGAGGGAAAAAAUUAAUUGAAAAAGAGAAGAAGAAAAGAAUGGAAUGGAAAGAGAGCCAUUUGGAUUUGAUAUUAGUUCCUACGGGGUUUAUAUUGAUGAUGUGUUAUCAUUUAGGGUUAUGGUAUAAAGUUCGAACUCAACCUUUCACCACUAUCAUUGGAAUUAAUACCUCUGGUCGUCGUCUCUGGGUUUCUUCCAUCAUCAAGGAUAUUGACAAGAAGAACAUUCUUGCUGUUCAAACUCUAAGAAAUGCCAUAAUGGGAUCAACUCUUAUGGCUACAACCUCGAUCCUCAUCUCGUGUGGCCUUGCUGCGAUUUUGAGCAGCACCUACAGCAUCAAAAAGCCACUGAACGACUCUGUUUUCGGGGCGCACGGCGAGUUUAUGUUAUCUCUCAAAUAUGUCUCCAUUCUCACUAUUUUCCUCUUCUCCUUCUUGUGCCAUUCCCUUUCCAUCAGAUUCAUCAACCAAGUGAAUGUUUUGAUCAACACACCACAAGAACCGAUGUCGCCCGUGACACCUAAGUACUUGUCGGAGCUGUUCGAGAAAGGUUGCAUCCUCAAUACGGUCGGGAAUCGCCUCUUCUACACGGCUGUUCCUCUUUUGCUUUGGAUAUUUGGACCCGUGCUUGUGUUUUUAUGCUAUCUUUCUUUGCUACCUUUGCUUUAUAAUUUGGACUUUGUUUCUUGUAAUGCUCAUAACAAAAACAAUACCACCAAAGUUGAAGCCAAUAAAGGUAUUGUUGUUGGUAGUGAAAACUUUGUGUAGAGACAUCAUUUCUUAAAACCUAUAUGAGAUUUAUGAAUCAAAUUUGCCCCCAUACAUUUUUUUUC